AUGGCGAAAAAAGGUCAGAAGUUUCGUUCACAGCCACUAAAGACAGUGUUGUCGUCACCAUUGCCGUCAACACCAUCACUUAGCAAAGAGAAAUACAAAGGAGUGCGUAUGAGGAGUUGGGGUUCAUGGGUUUCCGAGAUCAGGGCACCAAAUCAAAAAUCACGAAUAUGGUUAGGAUCUUACUCGACCCCUGAAGCAGCAGCCAGAGCAUAUGAUGCCGCCCUUCUAUGUGUUAGAGGCCCGAUUGCAAAUCUAAACUUCUCACAACACCAAUAUGAUCACACAACCACCACCACCACCACGAUGAUGUCUCCAAAAUCCAUUAAAAGGGUGGCUGCCCUUGCUGCCGCCACCAUUCCAUCUCCAUCUCCAUCUCCACCACCAUCUCCAAUACUGUCAUCUCCAUCUUAUUCAUCACAGUUAUCUACAGUCUCUCCAUCAAAGUCGUCUUCAUACAACAAAGAGAAAAACCAAAGAUUCUAUUUAGAAAAUGAUCCCCUUGAUGGCACCUUGAUGUCAAUGGUUGCACCGUGGUGCAACUUCGAUUCACCAACGUACAAUGAUAUGAUGUGCAACGAGUCUGCGUACGAUCCCUCUGAUGACGAAGAAGGUGGUGAAAUUCGUCUAUGGAGCUUCUACUGA